GAAACGUGAAUCAGAGGAUCAGUCAGUGAUGGUUUGUGCUGCAGGUCUGUGCUGAGGAGCGGACUCUUCUUCUUCCUCUCUACUCGGCUGCCUUUCUCUCUGACUAACUCGGAUCUCCUUGGUCUUCUCUACCCUGAGCCCAGAGCGAUGGGGGAAUGAUCAUCACCGACCAACCUCAUCAUCCUCCUCUUUCUCCUGCUCCUCCGGUCGCUCUCCCCUGACAGUCGUCGGAGCUGUGCCCAGGAUGUGGGCCCCGCUGCUCGGCCAGGCUGCGGUGUUUGCGGCCCUUGUGGCGCUGAGCUCUUGCUUGACAGGGUCUCACCUGUGCCCCCGGAGUUUAGACUGUGCCCGAGCAGGACGACACUUCUGCCCGCCCAGCAGCUCACACUGUGGCCCCUGCCUGCGCCCUCUGGUAGAGAACUCCCAUGGCAGAUGCGUGUUGAAGAGGAGACACGCUCCUCACUCUGCUCACUUCAGUAAAGGUAACACCAAAACAUACCCUGAGCUGGAUGAAGAGAUCGACUUCUUGUCUGCUGUCAUCAGUGAACAGAGGACUGAGUCUCGGCUGCCAGCUUCACCCUCCCAGUAUGCCUCUAAUCCCAAAGCCAAGCAGCUCAGUGAGCUCAGCGACGACCACAAACCACCUAUCACAGAGCCGCCUGCGAGCCAGAGAGUCCAGGUCACCACACUGGCUCCAUCCACCACCGCCAACACCACAAAGACCACUUCCGCUUUGCUCAGAGACCCUAUCAUCCUCACCUACCCGUCCAAUGACCAUGUCUUCAUUAUCAUGAGUAGCGUGUUCAUCAUGGCAGGGACACUGGCUUUGAUAACGGCAGGGGCCUGUUGGGUCAGAUUGCAGAAAGGUCUGCAUCUAACUCAGAAGAUGGACUCUCCUGUACAUCGACUGAUCAGAGCCCAAGCUUUUGAUAAUUUGCCUGGGGACAAGAAGCUGGCCCACAGUGCCCAGAUGUACCACUACCAGCACCAGAAGCAGCAAAUGCUUUCCCUGGAGAAGAACAGGGAUGAGACAAAGGUUCCUGACUCAGGAGCAUCAACAGAUGAGGAGAACGAAGAUGGGGAUUUCACCGUAUAUGAGUGUCCUGGAUUGGCACCAACGGGGGAAAUGGAAGUGAAGAACCCGCUGUUUGACGACUCCCCCCUUUACCUUCAUAAGUUUCACUAGGAAACUGGACAUUCAAAUUAUGUCAUACCCCAGAUCGAGCACUUGUGUGCAAACAUAAUAACAUUUACCAUCAUAACACGCACACCACAUAAACUGCUAUACCCAGCCCAGUCCUUUUAUGGACAGUAUGGAGAGUGUAAGUACAUGAAGGAGGGAGGAGAGUGAGGCAUUCAUGGACAUUUAAAGGAUGGUUUAUUCGUUCGAGGCAGAACUGAAUCUGGGACCAAUGUCUCCCACUCUGUAACCACAUUGUUUGUGCUCACUCUUUUUUCCUAGUAUUGUUUACAACCUUACAAUCAGCCAGUAUCAAAGAACUCCACACGAAUUCUGGCAGGUAGCAAACACGCUGAUUAUCAUAAAAUAAACUACAGCAGAUUCCAGUGCACAGACAGUUUUCUGAUGCCGAUGACCAGAAACAAAGAAUAUCUGUAAGUCAAUAGAUUGUUAUGAAUAUUUAUGUUUAUUAAUCAGUAAAUACUCUUUAAUUUAUUGAGAACUUGCUGCAGGCCUUGGUUUUAUUUAAGUAUUUAUAAAAAUGUGAUUUUAAUAUUUCAUGAACAAACAUGUGGCACCGUGAUUUGUAUCACUAUGUUAUGUAGCCAUUGUGUUCUCAGUCUAGUUGCUCUAUGCAUGAAUUAAUGAUGCUGUGUAAGAAAUAUGAGAGUCAAUAUGCAUUUACAGUGUUACAAGUUUCUUGUGUAAACUUGCGAAUGAUAUAUAACAGAUUUCAAAGGAUUUUGAAACUUAUAUAUCUAGAACUCUGAAACAGAGUGAGGCCGUCCUGUAUAUAUGGUAUCGGACUAACAUCACUAGUCCCCACGGUUUUCAGAUCUGUAUAUAGCUGCUAAUAUGUACAGAAAGAGAUCUCACCUCUCACUCAGUCUGUUACUACACAUGUUCCUCUAGAUUGCAGAGUGCUGUGUCAAAUAUUGAGCUAAUUGCUUCCUCCUCACUGACUGUUUGCGGGGCCUCUACACAUGUGGGAAGUAGAUGUAGUGAUGUUCAGGUCUGGAAAACAUAUUAUUCCCAUUAUACAAUUUUCUACUAACAUUAACCUAGGAAGUUUCAAUUCUACAAAGACUGUAUCGGGAAAAACAUGACAAAAAGGCCAAGUCUAACUUGGUGAACAUUAUUUAAAAUGAAUAAGACCCCAUGAGCUAGAAAAUAAUGAUGAGGUUGAAUAUCUUUCCUCAGAAAUGGAGAGUAUAUGAGAUUUGCAGUUACAGGACGAGCUGCCAUUUUCCUUAUAAAAGUCUUUAUAAAUUGGAAGUUGCCAAUUUGAAAAUUAAACUUACAAAAACACCCUCAUCAACACACAUGGUAGCAUUGGUCAGAAACCAGGUGAUGUACCAAACAGAAACCCUGUUUGUGUCCAAUCACAUGUUGCAGUUCUGUGGAAAACAAUUUGACAACAAUGGAUGUUCAAUGGAACAACAAGAAAACAAUUCAUAUAUCCUCAUACAAAUUUAAAUAGCAAUUAUUAUUUUUCAAACAUCAAUCAGAUUUGUACAUGUUAAGUUUGUUAUAUUUAAGAUUUUGUUUUUAUUUAAUGAUAUUCUUUAAACAUUUGCAUUUCUUGACUGAUAUAAUCAGGUGGGCAGACAUAAUGAAUCGAUCUCACUUUGAUCAUAUGAAGGCCGGUCAUGACUGAAUGAAAAUUUGAUCACUGUGUUUUUAUAAUGAUUUAAUUUGCAAUGUUGCUCAUAUGUCAGAUUGGAUUGAUUGAUCCCUGAUGGAGACCUGUCCUAACCACUUCACGGGACUUGAGGUGCUGUAUUUUGCAGCUUCUUAUAUUUAUCCCACUGUGUAGCUCAUGGAUUAUUUUCCACCCCAGGAUGAUUCUUUAGCUCCAGUCAUAGGAGUGUAUACCUGUGGCCUCUUGCUGUCGUCUCUCAGGAAAGCCUCUCUCUGUGGCUCCCCUCUUCAGCCUGCUCCCACUUUGUCAGCCUCUCUGCUCUCCCACAGUGGAAGAACCUCUUAAACUCUACAUGACCUUCACAUACAUGAGUGUCACUAUGUAAAAAGAAAUAUAUACAACUGAUACCAUGAAGUAUUAAGACUGGAGAUCGUUAUUCCAACCCACUGAGCUUGUAGAACAAAAAGAAGGACAUAUUAUCAGUUGGAUGGAUAAGGAAUUACCAGAAACUAUAAUUCUCAUGUUGUUUGCCUUAUUUAAUUCUACCUUGCUUGGCAAAAACCGAGCUGGUGAUCUUGUCUUGAUCCUUCUCAAUCUGAUGAUGAUGAGUUGGUUUAUUGAAGGGAACCAGAGAAAGAGUAACUAUCCAGGCAACUCUCUUUGAUAAAGACUGUUUUCAGACUACAUAUUAUACAUUCUACACACUAAGGAGGAUGCCUGUGUGUGUUUAGCAUGCAUGUGGAUAUUCCAGAGCUGAAUUGAAAUAAAUAAAUAUUUAUAUAAUCUGAAGUCAUAUA